GGGGCAGGAGUGAGCGCGAGACAAACGCAAUCAGAACCUGCAGCGCUCGAGGUCAGAGGAUAACGGAUAACGCUCACGAGGAAUCUGAAGAUGGAGAUCCAGUACCAGUCUGGUUAUUACACUGAGGACUUCAGGACUCAGGAGGUUCCUGUUGGAUUUGAUUUCAGUUCAUAUGACUACAAUGGUGAAGACCUGUCCUUUUUAUUAGACAGUAAAGGACCGGGUCAGUCGCAGUACACGGACACCUACGCAGAACCACACAAGGACCACAUCAACACCUCCAAAGUUAACUUCACGGACCCUGGAUUGUUUAAUCUGGACACUUUCCCAGAGUUUAGCAGCUGGACAUCAUACACUAACGCUCCAGACAGUAUGGUGAUGGACAGACAGUCUGGAGGUUUUCAGGACUCUGCCACUCAGACGUAUCAGAGUCUGUUUCCGCCGUGUCCAUCGUCUCAGAGCAGCUCGUUCGGCUCGACCGUGGACGCCAGCGGACUUUACCGACCUGCCAAAGAGCUCGGUCACGGAGCAGCGUCUGGUUUAGAGCAUGCAGGUGACACAGAGAGGACCUACGGUUUAUAUGAGACGGAGACCCAAAUCAAGGCUGUUCCGUACUGGACGGAUUAUUCCUCCUCGGGUUACUGCAGCCAGCUACUCGCUCAUCCUCCCUCGUCCUCGUCUCCGGCUCCUCUCACGCCUGAGACGUUUUCUCCUCGUGUGGUGAAGAGACGUAACACCACGUCUCAGAGACUAGACCGAGAUGGCGAGGUGCCUCCGGGGAUGUCUGCUUACCCAGGAUCAGGACCAAUUCAGCUGUGGCAGUUCCUCCUGGAGCUUCUCCUAGACUCAGCGUGUCACACCUUCAUCAGCUGGACUGGUGACGGCUGGGAAUUCAAAAUGUCCGACCCUGCAGAGGUGGCGAAACGAUGGGGUCAGUGCAAGAACAAACCCAAAAUGAACUACGAGAAGCUGAGCCGCGGCCUGCGCUACUACUACCACAAGAACAUCAUCCACAAAACGGCCGGCAAGCGCUACGUCUACCGCUUCGUCUGCGAUGUGCAGAGCAUGCUUGGGAAAAGCGCACAGGAAGUUCUGUCCAGUAUGAACAUCUCACCACUGAAUGCUGGAACGCAGACGCCGGUAAAGUCCGAGGAGACGCCGGACGUCUGGCAACAUUAACAGACUCCGCUAGAGAAAGGAGGCGUUUCACAACAUGCCCAGGUUUUACACGUCCUCAUCGACUUCUUCUGGAAGUGAACACAUGAGCACUUGCAUCACAAGUGGACAAGAUUUUGAUGCUAACUUCCUGAUUAGCCAGUGUGCUAAUCAGAUCAGUUCUCUAUCGCUCACACUGAUACACACCUUCAAAAAGUAAACCGCAGCACUGCCUUCCGGAUCAUUCUAAAGUAACCGGACAGAUCUCACGAUGGCCGAGCGCUCGCAACCACGAGGAAGUGGACAAGGAGGAGACAAAAGCAGUAUUGGAACACAGCCUUAUCUAAGGAACUCAGGAUCAGGCUUCUUCAGAGUUCAGUGUGAGAUUCAGAGCAGUUUCUCUCUUCUACACUGAGAACUUUGACCUGUGGAUGGUGGGUCGCCAUGGAGAUGACUCGUUCCACUAUAAAGUGUCGAAAUAAUCAUGAUGAACUUUAUAUUUGAUCUUUCUUUUUUUUAAACUCGGACUUUAUCAGGACACAAACGGAGACCUUUACGUUUCCACUUGACCCGCGUCCUCAAGUAAUCAAUGCAAUUUGUCAUCUUUCUAAACAUAUCUACUGUGUGUGUGUGUGUGUGUGUGUGUCUGUGUGUGUGUCUGUGUGUACUAAUGUGGUUUACUACCUCUUUGAACGUCAAAACACCAUCAACUUUUGUAUUCUGAGUGAUUUAAGUGAUUUAUGUCUUCAGAUCAAUCA